AUGACCACCCAGACCUCGCUCGUGGAGAGCACCACCCUCGCUUCGCCCCAAGACCGCAUAGCUGCCGAAUUCGAACCGCUCUUCGCGCAGCUCGAGCAGGAGCGUGAGCUGUCGGAUGCCAUUCGCGAAAAGUCCAAGGAGCUGGAUCGGUUGUAUCGGUCGAUAUCGUCGGUGUUGAAUGGCGUACAUUCGGUGAAAGGGGUCGAGUUUGGGCGGGUGGUGGAGCGGACGACGGGGUUGUGGGACGAGGUGAGGGGGAAAGUUGCCGACUUGGCGAGGAUGGUCCCCGAGGACGGGUUCUACCGUUGGUGCGACGACUUCUCCUAUCCGCUCAAGAACCUUACCUCCUCCCUGAUCCUCAUCGUGCUACUUACGACCGGCGAGCUGCUGACGAAGCACCAAGCGGCCCACAUCCUCGGCCUCACCAGCCUUCCACCGUCCAAAAUACAACUCGUGACAGAGGACUACCUGCAUGCGCUCAUCAACACCAUCAACGACCUCCCCCGCCUCGCCGUCAACAGCGUCACCCUCGGCGACUUCCGCACCCCCGUCCGGCUGGCCAGCUUCGUCAAGCAGGUCCAUGCGGGUUUUCAGCUGUUGAAUCUCAAGAAUGAUAGUCUGCGGAAGCGCUUCGAUAGUAUAAAGUAUGAUGUCAAGAAGAUCGAGGAGAUUGUGUAUGAUAUCUCGUUGCGCGGGUUGGUGAGCGGGGUGGAUCAGGGCGAGGACGGACUGGCAUUCCCGCUGGGAGAGGAGAGGCAGCAGCAGGUCGUCGAUCAGCUGGCACAGUCUUGA